AUGGAAAAUCAUUCGGUUCGUAUAAAUUACGCGUUAACACCUCGUGACACAGAACAGCAAUUAAUACAUGAUGGUGAAACUAAAUCAUAUGAAGAAAAUAUUAAGAAACACGAAGAAACGACUGUAACAAGUGAAACUAUGGGUGGUUCAUUCUAUCCCAGAGCUAUGUUAUUUCUAGUAUUAUGGUAUCUCAUUAGUGGAUGUACUUUAUUCUUGAAUAAAUACAUAUUAUCAUAUAUGGAAGGCAAUCCUACAAUUUUGGGUGCUUGUCAAAUGUUAAUGACCACAAUUUGUGGAUUUAUUCAAAUGUAUUUUCCAUGUGGAAUGUACAAAACACGUCCCAGAUUAAUGAGACCAGCAGGUUUUUAUAAGCAUAUGAUAUUGGUUGGAUGUACAAGGUUUACAACUGUAGUACUAGGGCUAGUAUCACUUAAUUAUGUAGCAGUGAGUUUCACAGAAACUAUUAAAAGUAGUGCGCCACUAUUUACCGUCCUUAUUAGCAGAUAUUUAUUAGGGGAACAUACAGGAUUAUAUGUAAAUUUAUCUUUAAUUCCUUUAAUGUGUGGUCUAGCUCUAUGUUCAAUAAACGAAAUUAGUUUUGACCUCAGAGGAUUUAUUGCAGCUAUGGCUACAAAUGUAACAGAAUGUUUACAAAAUGUUUAUUCCAAAAUGUUAAUCAGUGGUGAUAAUUUUAGGUAUACGCCUGCAGAACUGCAAUUCUAUACUAGUUUAGCAUCAAUUGUGGUACAAAUACCAGUAUUGAUCUUAUUUGUAGAUUUACCAACACUUGAACAUUCUUUGAGUUUUAAAUUAUUCACAGCAUUUUUACUUAAUGGAGUGUUCUUCCAUUUUCAAAGUAUUACAGCAUAUGUACUUAUGAAUUACAUCAGUCCUGUGACACAUAGUGUCGUUAAUACAGCAAAGAGAGCAUCUUUAAUCUGGCUCUCUGUUUUACUAUUUAAUAACCCUGUAACUGGUUUAUCUGCUAUGGGAACAUCUUUAGUAAUAAUAGGAGUGUUAUUGUAUAAUCGAGCACAAGAAUAUGAUAAACUAAACAAAGCAAAGUCACGAUACAAUUCUAAAGUUAAUUUACAAUAAUAUUAAUUAUUCAAAUUAUAAAAAUUUGAUAUUUAAUAAAAAUAAUUAACGCGUUUACGUUAAUUACGUAAUGAAAAAUGAAAACAAGUGUAAUAAUAAUUUUUAUAAUAGAGUAUUUUAUUCACUGCAAUGAUAAAUUAUUUAUAAUUUCAAUUCUCUUUAUAAAGUAAAAGUAUAUUUUACACUUUAGAUGCAUGUUACAGUAAAACAACUUUAACUGAAUACAUGUAAUACUUCAGAUAUACAUGAUCAUAAAAGUUUUGUCGUAUACAAUGAGUAUAUCAUAAGAAAAGAAUAAUUUAUUUUUGACAGAUUAACAUAUAUGUAUGUAAAAUAUUACUGAUUUAAUACAAGAUUAAAAAAUCUUAAGAAUAA